AUGCCUCCCCUCCUUACCCCUAAACCAACACCCUCCAAGGUUCCUCAUUCUCAAUCUCAGUCUUCGACACCAGCUUCUCGACCCUCGCAAAGCACACAGGCCUCAAAGAACCCCAAAACAACAGCAGAUCUCUCACCAGAGCAUCAUGCAAUCAUGCUUCGUCACGCACUCUCCUCUCCGACAAUCCGAGCACUUGCUUCCCUUCCCCGCGGCCCACCUCCCGGAGAGAUCCUCCGUUGUGCCUCUUCCGCAACAGAAUUCCUCUCCUUCACCUUCAAUCCUUUGGAAAAGGUUGCCUUCUCCCACAUCAACAACGAUCCUUCAACCCGCUGGCCCCUGAAAGAGACCCUGACUGAGCCCUGGCACAAGGUCUUCCUCGUCGCCCAAUGCGAAGCCUCGGGCGGAGACUACGGCGACCGCCUCUCCCUCAAGGCCCGGCAGAAGCUCUUGUCCGACAAACCCCGCAUAGUAAAGAUCCUGGGUCAGGUUCUGCGUGCCUGCGCCGACAUCAUGGGUUGCCGCAAAGACGCCGUCGGCCUGAGGCGCUCCCUCGAGACCUGGCGUGCCGUCGUGUCCAAAAGCUAG